GUGAAGGCUGAGAGGUGGCGGGAGCCCCACGCGAGAGGUGAAGCCCCCGCGCAGCACAGAACCCCCAAGGAAGAGCAGGAGGCACCUCUCGAGCCGCAGCCAUGAACGGGACCGAAGGCCAAGACUUCUAUGUGCCCAUGUCCAACAAGACUGGGGUGGUGCGGAGCCCCUUCGAGUACCCCCAGUACUACCUGGCUGAGCCCUGGAAGUACUCGGCACUGGCUGCCUAUAUGUUCAUGCUGAUCCUGCUUGGCUUCCCCAUCAACUUCCUCACGCUGUACGUCACCAUACAGCACAAGAAGCUCCGGACACCUCUAAACUACAUCCUCCUGAACCUGGCAGUCGCCGACCUCUUCAUGGUCUUUGGUGGCUUCACGACCACCAUGUACACUUCGAUGAACGGCUACUUUGUCUUUGGAGUAACGGGGUGCUACAUCGAAGGCUUCUUUGCCACGCUGGGUGGUGAAAUCGCUCUCUGGUCGCUGGUUGUCCUGGCCAUCGAAAGAUAUGUGGUGGUCUGCAAGCCCAUGAGCAACUUCCGCUUCGGGGAGAACCACGCCAUCAUGGGUGUCGCCUUCUCCUGGAUCAUGGCACUGGCGUGUGCCGCUCCCCCGCUCUUCGGCUGGUCCAGGUACAUCCCCGAAGGCAUGCAGUGCUCGUGUGGGAUUGACUAUUACACCCUGAAGCCAGAGAUCAACAACGAAUCUUUCGUCAUCUACAUGUUUGUGGUUCACUUCAUGAUCCCGCUGAUGAUCAUUUUCUUCUGCUAUGGGAACCUGGUUUGCACUGUCAAGGAGGCUGCUGCCCAGCAACAGGAGUCUGCCACCACCCAGAAGGCAGAGAAGGAAGUGACCCGCAUGGUCAUCAUCAUGGUCAUUGCCUUCCUGAUAUGCUGGGUCCCCUAUGCCAGCGUUGCUUUCUACAUCUUCACCAACCAGGGGUCAGACUUUGGGCCCAUCUUCAUGACCAUCCCAGCUUUCUUUGCCAAGAGCUCCUCCAUCUACAACCCUGUGAUUUACAUCGUUAUGAACAAACAGUUCCGUAACUGCAUGAUCACAACCCUCUGCUGCGGCAAGAACCCGCUGGGCGACGACGACACGUCUGCGGGCAAGACAGAGUCCUCCUCCGUCUCCACCAGCCAGGUCUCCCCCGCGUAGGUCCCGCGGCGCGGCCGGUCCCCGGGGUGCGCGUCACCGCCCCGGGAGCACCAACCUGCCCCCGCCACCGCCCGUCCCCGCUGCACCGCCGCGGGCCCUUCGGGUGGGCUCCUCUCUCCUGCACUAGGAACCCUGGGCACAAGGCUGUAAAUGUGUACACACGUUUUGUAAUUAAACUGCAAAGGCUUUAGCUCCGCUG